AUGGCGAAAUUCAAGAGGAAAAUAGCUAGGCAAAUGUGUUUCAUUAUGACGAUUGGACCGUAUGGAGAACAAGUUGACGGCAGUGAAGAGGACAUCGAAGCCAUGGAGCAGUUGGCGCACAAUGCGCAGAACCUCAUGCUGGCGGUCAAGGACACAGUUCGAGCCGCUGAAGCGGCCAGUAUCAAAAUCAAGACCAAUUCUGGUCUUCGCCUUUCGCUGGGUUCGCAAGCCAAUGUGGUCCAACUUCUAACCUCUCUCUCUCGUCCAGAAGCCGCCGAAGUCGCCGCAACUAUAAACGCUCAAUUCCUGUCGCGCGACAUGUCACAUGCGCGUCCUUGA